AUGCCUCGUCCUAAAACCAAGACCAAGAGCGAAGAUCUCGCCCGCAUUCGCAAUAAUCAACGGCGCUCAAGGGCAAAACGGCUAGAAUAUAUUCGUGACUUAGAGGAAAAAGCAAAGAAAUACGAUGAAUUAAUCGCAUCAACACCUCCCCCGUCCCUAUCGGCAUUUGACAAAUUGCAAUCUGAAAAUGCCUGGAUGAGAGGGUUACUGUCUACCCUAGACAUCAACUUUGACUCUUUCGAUGCAUCUGCUGGGAGCAUCCAUGACAACGAACCAAACACAUUGGUAUCGGCGAUCUCUGGCUCGUUUACGAGUAAUGCUGAGACUCAGCGAUAUAUGGAAAAUCAAACUCCCUUGUCAUUUUGGGAGCAGUGGAAUUCGUCAGGGUUAUCGCCUGAUAUGGGGCUGGACUUCGAUAUUCCGUUACUGUUGAACGGGGCCAACAAUUUGACCCAUUUGGAUAUUUCCUCGGCACAACCGUUAGAACCGAACUUUGGGGCCAGCCAGUAUCAGGGGACUCAAGAGAGCGUUGAAGCAAGUGUUCCGAGCAACAGCAAUACGACUCUAUGUUCCUUAGCUUGUCAAUGGGUGAUCCAAUGCAAUACUAAAGGCGUGGAAUUGGAUGUCUUGUACUAUCGCAUGGAGCGUGGUUUCAAGCAAGGGAACAGUCCGAUGGAGGGAUGCAGGGUGGAUAACCAUGUGCUCCUUAGAGUUCUGACAGAAAUAUCUUGA